GCGCAGCGCAGAGCUUCUGGACGAGCGCUCGAGCGCAACUUCAGCAGUAACGUACCAGCAAACAUAAACAAUGGCGGAGCAGCUGUAAACCCAGCUCAGCGGAUCGAAUUUGCCCCAUGGACGGGCAUUUCGCGUACACCGAGAUGGAAACCCCGACCGAAAACCCCAGCAAGGCUGCGGAGUACCUGAAAGAGCUCAAUAAAAUCAUCGAGACCCAACAGGAGUUGUUGGAGAAGCAGAAGAAUCGGAUUGAAGAGCUCGAACAGCAAGUGUGUGAUCUUUGUCAAGAGAACGCGUGCUUGAAGGAUCAGUACCAGAGGCACCUGGCCACCUGCAGACUGCAACAACAGGGCAACAGUCACCUCACGCUGGGUGCCAUCAAGGAGAAUGUGAUCCAGGAAAAGAAUGAAAGUGAAGGCUUGCGUGUCUCAAAUGUCAGACGGCACGCUUCUUUGCCCCUCGAUGUCACAGAUAACCCUGGCAACUUUAUUGUGCCGCUGUGUCGAAGAAGUUACCCCUGUCGCAAAUGGAAGUCUGCAUCUCUUGGUGUGGAAGGUGAGGCUCCGGGUGGUGAGGCAGGCCCCUCUCUAGAGAACAGUGGAGGUUACUUACGAGGGCCGGUGAGCCGCAGUGCCAUCAUCAGUGGUGAGCACUUCGACGGCCCACCACUGUAUGCUCACGAGGUACGGCAGCGCCCGCGGCGACCCAAACUCCAGCAUUCCCAGUCGAUCCUUCGCAAACAGGCAGAAGAGGAGGCCAUCAAACGCUCACGAUCACUGUCUGAGAGCUAUGAGCUCUCAACCGACCUCCAAGACAAACAGGUGGAGAUGCUGGAGCGCAAAUAUGGAGGGCGUUUUAUAACCCGACAUGCUGCGCGAACAAUCCAGACUGCCUUCCGCCAAUAUCAGAUGAACAAGAACUUUGAGCGCCUCAGGAGUUCUAUGUCGGAGAACCGCAUGUCCAGACGCAUAGUUUUGUCCAAUAUGAGAAUGCAGUUUUCAUUUGAAGGACCUGAAAAAGUCCACAGUUCAUAUUUUGAGGGGAAGCAGGUGUCUCUUACAGACGAUGGCUCUAAACUAGGAGCCUUGGUGCAAUCGGAGCGGGGGGAGAUGGUCCCCACCAACAUGAAGUCACCUGCGGUCCAGAGCGAUUUCACAGACGCCAUUACAGAGCUGGAGGACGUUUUCUCUCGACAAGUGAAAUCAUUAGCAGAGUCGAUAGAUGAUGCUCUGAACUGUCGCAGCCUACAUGGAGACGAAGGACAGCCAGAGCCAACCAGAGGUCAUCCAGACAGGGAGCAAGAGGUUACCUACCAGAUCAAGCCUUCCCACAGUAGUGACCACCGUAAGCGAGACGAGAUGACAGCCUCGUAUAGCGAUGUGACACUUUAUAUAGAUGAGGAAGAGCUCUCCCCUCCUCUUCCUUUAUCACAAGCAGUUGACAGACACUCUAGCACAGAGUCAGACCUCCGUCUACGUUCUUUGAACUCCUCGCAGGAUUACUGGUCUCUAGCUCACAAGGACGAAAAGGCCGACACAGACACUAGCUGCCGAAGCACCCCGUCUCUGGAGUGUCAAGAGCAGAGAUUGAGGAUAGACCACCUUCCCUUGCUCACCAUCGAACCUCCCAGCGAUAGCUCGGUUGAACUGAGCGACCGUUCUGACCGAAGCUCUCUCAAGAGGCAGAACGCUUACGAUCGGGGCAUUGCCAGCAAGCAGGGCAGCCCGAAACACAUCCCCUCUCAUGCGCUACCACCACGGGGACCAGCAAGAGAUGACGAUGCUCCUCGGCAUCGGCCACGGCAGCUGGAGAGCCACCUGGCAAUCAACGGCACUGCCAACCGGCAGAGCAAAUCUGAGUCGGACUUCUCUGACGGUGAUAAUGACAGCAUCAACAGCACUUCCAAUUCCAAUGAUACCAUCAACUGCAGUUCGGAAUCUUCAUCCAGGGAUAGUCUUCGAGAGCAGACUCUCAGCAAGCAGACAUAUCAUAAAGAGACCCGCAACAGUUGGGACUCACCCGCGUUUAGCAACGAUAUCAUCCGCAAGAGGCACUAUCGUAUCGGCCUGAACCUUUUUAACAAGAAACCUGAAAAAGGCACCCAAUACCUGAUUGAGCGAGGAUUUGUCCCAGACACACCUGUGGGAGUUGCCCAUUUCCUGUUACAGAGAAAGGGGCUGAGUCGACAGAUGAUUGGCGAGUUCCUGGGCAACAGGCAGAAACAGUUCAACAGAGAUGUUCUUGACUGUGUGGUAGAUGAGAUGGAUUUCUCUGCAAUGGAGCUGGAUGAGGCCUUAAGAAAAUUCCAGGCACAUAUCCGGGUGCAGGGAGAGGCACAGAAGGUGGAGCGACUCAUUGAAGCCUUCAGUCAGCGCUACUGCAUCUGCAACCCGGGGGUGGUGCGUCAAUUUAGGAACCCUGAUACCAUCUUCAUCCUGGCGUUUGCCAUUAUACUCCUCAACACGGACAUGUACAGCCCAAAUGUGAAGCCAGAGAGGAAGAUGAAGCUGGAGGACUUUGUAAAGAACCUUCGUGGGGUGGACGACGGAGAGGAUAUCCCAAGAGAGAUGUUGGUAGGCAUCUAUGAGCGAAUACGGAAGCGAGAGCUUAAAACUAACGAAGACCACGUCUCCCAGGUGCAGAAGGUGGAGAAGCUCAUAGUUGGCAAGAAGCCGAUCGGGUCUCUGCACCAUGGCCUUGGAUGUGUGCUGUCUCUACCACAUCGCAGACUUGUGUGUUACUGCAGGCUGUUCGAAGUGCCGGACCCUAACAAACCUCAGAAGCUGGGACUCCACCAGAGAGAGAUAUUCCUGUUCAAUGACCUUUUAGUGGUCACUAAGAUUUUCCAGAAGAAGAAGAAUUCGGUGACGUACAGCUUCAGGCAGUCCUUUUCUCUAUAUGGGAUGCAGGUGCUUCUGUUUGAAAACCAGUAUUACCCCAAUGGAGUGCGUCUCACUUCAGCUCUUCCAGGCGCGGACAUCAAGGUUCUCAUUAACUUCAACGCCCCCAACCCGCAAGACCGCAAGAAGUUCACCGAUGACCUGCGGGAGUCCAUCGCAGAGGUGCAGGAGAUGGAGAAGUACAGAAUAGAGUCUGAACUGGAGAAGCAGAAAGGUGUGGUCCGUCCGAGCAUUUCCCAGAGCUCAGGGCUGAAGAAAGAGACUGGAAAUGGCACUCUAAGUCGCACCAGUCUGGAUGACAGUUAUGCCAUGGGUGAAGGCCUCAAGAGAAGUGCCCUCAGCAGCUCUUUACGUGACCUUUCAGAUGCAGGCAAGCGGGGGCGCCGCAGCAGUGCAGGAUCUCUAGACAGCAAUAUGGAAGGGUCCAUCAUUAGCAGCCCCCACAUACGGCGUCGGGCCACUUCCAGCCGCGACUGCCCCUCCCGCCAGCAGUCCAUCCCCAACUCCUCUUCACUCCUGGGCUCCCUGUUCGGCACCAAGCGGGGAAAGUCACCCUCUUUGCCUCCCCAGCCAUCCCACCCAACACUAAUCUCUCACACCCCUCACCCUACCAACCUGCACCACACAGCCCGUGACGGUGUCACAGUCACCGAGACCCAGGCCCAGAUGCACCCCCACCACGCUCAAUUUUGCCACUUACAGAAUCCCCCUCCGUACCACCACCACCAUCACUACCACCCCCCAGCACACAUUCAACACCCGCCCCACCAAUACCACCCUCCUCCUGUCCCUUCGUCCUCUCACAGCCUCUCGCACGGUCCCCACAGCCACGUGCCACACCCCUCGCACCCCUCCCACUCCCAGCAUGCACCUCACCACCACAGCCAGCCUCCGGCCCCUCCUCCGGUGGCCAGCAGCACCAAGCCCAAACACAGCGGCAUCAGCACUGUGGUUUGAGCCCCUCCACAAACUCUUUCCACUUGGGAAUGGGACCAUAUUUGGCGGGGUGACCGUUGGGCCUCUCUUUAGAUUGUAACGUGCAACGGAUUGUUGCUGCCUACCAGGACACGAACAAAAGGGCACCUUGUCACACGUUUCAACUCAUCCAGUACCCGUUUCUCCUGGAAAGGGGAGCCACACUGUGUAGCACCUGCCUUCUCAUUUGGGGUGGCUAGAACUCAAAUCAUCAGUUCUUUCCAGUCAUUGCUCAAGCUAUAGAGCCCCAGAUAAAGCUGCUUCUUUUAGGAUUUCAGAGACUUUCAACCCUCUCAACUUUGGCGGUGAAGCAAAAGCAUGCGCAAAAUACUGUGGCAAUUGUUUUCUUGUAUUUAACUACCCAAAUGCAUUAUAAAAUAGCCUGCUUAUUAGUUUGCAGACACUAAAGAACGGUUUGAAAGAAGGGUCUGUCGAAGUCGGUCACAACGAGUGGAGUUCCAGUAUUUAAUGUAGCUGUAGACCACACAUUUCUGUGAUAUAGUUAGGGGACUAUAACGUGCCAAUUAUUAAGCAGUGACUAAGUUAUUCCAAAAAAAAUAUAUAUUUGCUUUGUGUAUGUCGUGCAUAUAUUAUCUUGUCAAAUAAUAAUAAUAAUAAUAUUACCAGCUAUUAUUAUUAUUGUUAUAAGACAAAAAUGAUCCGAAGCCUCAGAUAAAAUCUCAGUGUAUUCUUGACAUAGGAGUUAGUAGUUUUCACUGAUGCUGAAAAAAAUGGAAAUUGUUGAUUGCCUUGAAGUUGGAAGAUUCUCCUGGAAUCUCCGGCUUGCGUUUCGCUCCACCUCCUUUGGGAUCUAUGUAGCCCAAACCAAUCACAGGGACUGUGGGAAGGGGAAGGGGGAAGGGGCAGGGCGGAACAGGCGAGCUCAUCGAUGGAUCCUCCACGACCUCGAUUCGUCGGUCCCGGCCACCGCUGCAACAUGGUUUUAUUUUUUUAACUAUUUUUUUAGAGAUGAAUAAAUCAAUAUGAAAUAAAUGUUUAUGGUAAAGCCGGCGUGAUGGAGAAGGUUAUUUUGAUGUCUGACAUUAGAGGUAGUGUUUGUGUUGGAGGGAAGCAGGCUGCACUUCAAAGCUGAUCGAGUCCUCUCCCCAUAUUUCAAGAGUUAGUUUGUGCAGAGAUGUUGAUUUUUCUCAGCAGGCUGAGCGUGUGCCCUCUUCUGUGUGGAAAUGAAGUAGAUUUGAUACAUAUUCUUCUGUCCUCCUGUGAGAAUGCCUUUCACUUGCUCAGAAACACAGCUAAUGUAAUGUAAUCUAAUGUAAUGUAAACUGCAUAUAAUAUGUAGGAGUGGGUCAGGUGGAUGUGUUCUCACUCGGAAUGGAUUUGGACAUGUUUUUUCACACAUAUCCCCUUUCUCGGUUAAAUUUUUGACUUGUUUUAUACUGUAAGUAGAUAAAUGGUGACGGAGCUGUGAUUUGUGUAAUAGUUUUGUGUGUCAACGCUCUUUUAACUCAAGCACAGAACUUCUGAACAGCACUUGUCUUUGUAAAUAAUCACUUAAUGUACAGAAACCACGGCUGAAAUGAGCUCGCUCUCUUAUACAAGACCCGUGUCAGCAGUUACAACAUUUGCUGUGCAUUGUUUCUCUUCUUUUUUUAAUCAUGUGCAAUAUGUAUGUUUUGGUUUUGUAAAUUCAACAUUUUAAAUAGUUGAUUCCUUGGUUCGUUUGUCUAUUGUUUUUGUCAUUUCUAAUAUCAUACAUCAAUCCCCAUAUUGUUUCUCGCCCCCACUGACAUCUUGUUCUCCUUGGUCUCUGUUUUACCUGCAACCUACAGUCAGGAAUCUCGACUAAAGUACUCUUGCAUGUAUAUUGUACAAAAUAUUCUCUAGAUAUUGCAUAUUUCCAGAGAUAUUAUUAGUGUUACAGUUGACCGUUGUUAAACGAGUGAUGAUGAACAUAUUAAAAAUCUGUAGACUUCUCUUCAUGCAAAA